AUGAUCCUAAAUACCGACGGUACAACGAAUUUCGAGUUUUUAACCGAAAACGUCGAAUUAUUCGAUAUCGACCGAACAACCGGUAUUCUGACGGUUAAGGGGCCGAUCGAUAGGGAGGGGAUUCCCCAUUGCAAGGAGGGGCGUGACCUUUGUGAAAUGUCCUUGGAUGUUGUGAUACAACCAGCAACGCACUUUCACGUUAUAAGAAUAGAAAUUCUGGAUGUGAACGACAACAGACCUACCUUUGCGCACGCAACAUUCCAACUAAACGUCAGCGAAUCCACCACUAUGGGGGCAAAGUUCACCCUGCCCAGGGCCGUGGAUCUAGACGGACCGCACGCAGGAAUCUCAAAGAUGACGUCAUCAACACCAACAGCAUACUUCCAUCUGAUAACGGAAACACAAAUAGACAACCACAUUGAAAUAUUCUUCCAACUCAUCCGCCAAUUAGAUAGAGAGGAAAAAGAAGAGCAUCACAUGAUCCUGAGCGCCAUUGAUGGCGGGAAACCGGAAAUGGUUGGAACGAUGCGAUUGGUUGUCGUUGUUUUAGAUGCAAACGACAACAAGCCCAUUUUCGAAAAACCAAAAUAUGAAAUUACUGUUUUUGAAGAUGUACCAGUUGGUACCACUAUUCUGAAAGUGUCAGCAACCGAUAUGGACACAGGCGAUAACUCUAAAAUUAGCUACACAAUUAGUUCUCAGUCUCCUUCUCUGAUUGGCCACCUCUUCACCCUCCAGCCAAUCACGGGCAACCUCGUCGUUAAAGCUGACCUUGACCGCGAACAACUUCCGGCCUACUUGGAAUUCGCCGUCGAGGCCAAAGAUCAUGGAUAUGAAAGAUUCACUAGUACUGCUCUGGUGGUAGUUAAAAUUGAUGACGUCAACGACAACGCACCCAUCGUAAAUAAUAAUUUAUUAUUCAAUGUCACGGAAAAUUCCCCGGUAAACACGUUUGUAGGUCACGUGAAGGUCAGUGACCCAGAUUACGCAGCCAAUGGAAGAGUUAAAUGCUGGCUUGUUGAAGUGUUGAAAUUUCAAAUGGUUGAAAAUUUCAACGCUGAGUAUACUAUAAGUACAUGCGGAUUGAUUGAUCGAGAGCUUGUAGAGGAAUACAACCUUGUCUUCGACAACUUUCGCUUCAAAAUUUUUGCCGUCGACGGCGGCAAGCCGCCCCUGACCGGCACGGCCUACGUGCACAUCACUGUAAUUGACGUGGAUGAUAAUAGGCCAAAAUUUUUGCAGACGAGUUACACUUUCAGCGUUCCAGAGAAUGUAGCCGUGUCAGAAAGUGUUGGGUCAGUUUCGGCGAAUGACCAACUACAGUUCCAUCAAUCAUCAUUCCACCAAACUCCACCGUUACUUGAAUCAUCGAGUUUUAAAAAAUCUUCCAAGCGCCAUUUUUCUUUGAACACUGAAACCGGCCAAAUAACAGUUAAGCGACGUUUGGAUCGCGAAGAAACUUCGACACACCGACUCACCGUUGUGGCUUUCAAUCCAGCUUCACCACGCUGGAGCGGCUCCACCAUCGUCACCAUCAACGUAUUGGACGUCAACGAUAACCACCCGAAAUUUUUGUUUCCCGAUUUCUUUAACAAUAGCGUCGUCAUUGAUGUUGACGAAAAUUUUGCAGAUUCAUCGGUGUUUGUCGCAAAAGUCGUCGCCGUGGACGCAGACGACGGCGACAGUGGGAAGAUCGCAUUUGAUUUG